GUCCAACCUGGUUCGGAGAGGGCCGAAGCGACUGUGUACCAGGUCACCUCCCAUAUAGUAACACCUUCGUCUCGCGUGGUGUGCCUCGCAUUUUCUGGGGAUGGGACUAGGGUUGUGGCAGCUAGCCAAGAUCCUCGUGUCGUGGUAUGGAGAGUCACGGGUGAGGAGGAUAGAAGAGAGGUUCUGACCGUCUCUUUUGAUGGUAGUCAGGUGGCCUUUGUCACUCUCGACGGAACCCUUUGUCUCUUGGAUGUACGCUCAGCCGAGACGAGAUCCAUACCGAACAUUCUCACAACCAAUGACUUGCAUGGACCUACCACUCUCCAGUUCUCACCCACAGAAACCAUUUUGAUGCUCUUUGCGGGUGGUCAAAUCCGGCUAUACCAUGUAGCGAAGGAGGAGGAGGAACUAAGUGGGGGUGAGCUUCUGCUCUUCGCGAACGUCCGGGCUUUUCCGGACACUCGACACCCCACAUUCUCUUUCGAUGGGCGGUACCUACACGUCGACGAUCGACGAGCGAUCGACAUGGCCUAUUUCCACACCAUCCCUGCUAGCACCCUGACCAACGUACCAUUUCACCUCCCGCCUCUAGACUCGCCGAACCCGGCACACGUUUCACCACUAAAGUUGGAUAUGGUCAUGAGACGGAUCAGCUCGAGCGUUGAGGGGCACCCGCCUGUACGGUUGCCCUCGGACAUCCGGCCGUCGUCGUGGACUGCGUGCCGGAAUACGAUCGCGCUAGGCUUACAUGAUGGACAA